GCAAAAAUAACUCUCUAGGGCGAUCAGGGAGGCGAUUAGGGUUUUGUGGUGUCUGCCGCAAGGAAUAGGAUCCACGAGGGAUGUCGGCACCGGAAAAGGAGGCCUCUCCUUCACCGGUUCAGCAACAGUCAGGUCAGAGUAGUUCGCAAGUUCAGUCUCAACAAAAGUCGUAUGUUGGAGCAGUUGAAAACAGGUUUCCAACACCAAGUCACACGUUUCAAGUCGAAGUGAUCGAUGGUGCUUCUUCAGUGGAAAUACCAGAAGAUCUAAUUCAGAAUUCAGUGCCUCUCUGGGAAGAUUUCCUAGAGGAUUGGGAAUCUAGCCCAAGAAGCCGUGAAGGACGUUUUCAUUCACCUUAUCCAAGGAGGACCGAGAACGACCAAGAGAGGUUCACACCGAACCGUUUCUCUUUUCACCAACCAAACCCGCCUAUUCAAGACCAUUCUCGUGUACCAUGGAGGCAGAAAAGUCAUGAGGAUACAAGGACACUACACGCACGAAUUGAUAAGAUCGAUAGUGUUCUUUCGGAUAAGAUCGAUGAACUUUCUUUUAACUUUAAAAGAAAGGGAGAUCAAGGUGACCAAGACGAUAUAAGGAGAAUCCAAUCAAAAGUCAAUGGCAUAGACGAAAGCAUAUGGAGACUUCAAACCUGCAUCAUGAACUUGGAAAGUAAGGAUGAAAUAGAAGAUGUGGCCCUAGAAUAUGUGAUUAGACGACAAGGAGAAGUCGAAGAUAACAACAUAAAGUGUAUUGAAGGGCAAUCACACAUCCGAGGGGCACUAAGGAGGGUUUCCAUGGACUCAUCGAGGAAGUACAUUGAGCUAUUCGAUAAGAUUGUCGAGUUAAGCAAGAAGUUCGACGAUCUAUCCUCUCGUGUUGCCGGACACGAUCCAUUGGAAAGUGGAGAUGAAGAAUCGAUACCUGAUGCAACCUGCAGUGCCGCCAAUACACACAUGGAGGAACCACCCGACGAGUUACUAUCCAAGAGACACGGUGGCAAGUUGAAACACAAGUCCUGCCAUCCUCCAAGAUGUCCGAAGCAUGCCGAAGGCGAUGGAUUGAUCGAGCUGCCAACGAUCAAUGCCAAGAGUCCCCACCGUGACAAACCAAGGGUCGUAUCAACAUCCACCAUCCGUCCGUGCAUGAUUCUAUCUUGUACCGUGCAUCGACCCGCGUACGUACCGCAGCCUGUCCCGUGAUCGUACCGUAGAGCACCUUCACGUCCGUUCUUCAAUUCUGUCCGAUAAAAUGAUCUAGGAUUG